AUGUGUCGUCCGUAUUUCAAACCUCCCAUGCUGUCCAUGCUGCAGAGAGCACCAGGCGGCCAAUCGUCAGGUUCCAGUAACGGGGGCUUCACUGGAACGAGCGGGCUGUCGAUUCAGUCCGGUGGUGCACCACCAUCCACCCAAUCCGGCUUCCCGUUCUCACAGCCGCAGUCCGUCGGCCUCUCAGGAUCAGGAGGCCAGGCAUCCGUUGCAGCGCGGGAGCUGAUUGUCAAUGUCCAACCGCUCGUCUCAUUCUCACCCGUAAGCAGCCCAGAGGUUCUUGUCCUUGUGAACAAUGAAGAUCGCUGUGGGUGUUCAUCGGAGCGUUUUGUAGCAGCCAUGCUGCGAGGCCUUUCCCUCUACCGCCAUCUAGCCAACCAAGCGAGAGCCCAGCGUGCCUUUGCCCGCCUCCUCGGCCUCCCCCCUUCCUCCACCUCCUUCCUCCUCUCCAAUCCAUCUGCACUCGCCUCCCCUUUCCCCCCCCUUUGGGCCGCCGUUCUCGAGUCUUCCCUUCCAGCCUGCAAGGGUGCAGCAGUCCCACUCUCCGACCUCCCCUCCUUCCCCUCUCUCUCCCCUUUCCCCGCCUUUCCCUCGUCCCUCUCCCCUUCCAUCACCCCGUCCUCCUCGUCCGGAAAUCUUAGCCAAUCCACGUCAGCAGCGGCCAGAUCAGCAUCGGCUUUAGCUGGAGCUGAGUCAGCACGAGAUGGAGCAGCAGCAUCUGCUUCCGCUGCCCAACGUAUGCACGUGCAGCAGCCACAGGCACAGGCACUAUCAGAGCUCGGUGGGGAGUGGUUUGGAGUGGGGGAGAGGGGUGGAAGAAUGGAGGACGGGUCGUUGCUUGCUGCAAGAAUAGGCUCUUUGCUGGCGCUCAUGCACAGGGAGCUGCAGGCAUCAGACUAUGAUCUGCUGCGUGCACUGGAUGCGGACAACACUCCAUCUGUCCCUGCCCUGAGCGAUGUCGAGAUUGCUCGCUUGCCUGCUUUCCCAUACAAGCCAAAGAGAUCAUCUUCACGAACGUCGGCAACCCGCAUUCUCUCGGCCAGAGAAGCCGAUGACUUUCCCUCGCCUCGCGCGUACAGCGACUCCCGCGGACUGGCGGGCAUCCGCAAGGAGGUGGCGGAGUUCAUCGCCAAGCGGGACGGCUUUCCCUCCGACCCCGAUAAGAUCUACCUCACGGACGGCGCCAGCAAGGGAGUGGAGCGCAUGCUCAACGUGCUCAUCCGCAACGAGAAGGACGGG